AUGAAAAGGGAUGUAGCAGAAUUUGUGGCCAGAUGCCUCACCUGUCAGCAAGUGAAAGCAGAUAGACAAUGGCCCCAUGGCCUGUUACAGUCAUUGCCCAUGCCAGAAUGGAAAUGGGAGCAUGUCACCAUGGACUUCGUCAUAGGAUUACCCCGUACACCUAGGGGUGUUGAUGCUUUAUGGGUUAUUGUGGAUAGGUUGACGAAGACAGCUCAUUUCAUACCAAUCAAGGUCACUUAUUCUAUGGAUAAGCUAGCCCGCUUGUACAUUGAUAACAUGGUUCGCCUGCAUGGAUUCCCAUAUGGGAAGAAGUGCCGAACUCCAUUGAAUUGGGAUGAAGUAGGUGAGUGGCAUAUCCUUGGGCCGGAAUUAAUCCAAGCAACUUGUGAGAAGGUGGAUUUAAUCCAUGAGAGGAUUAAAGCUACCCAGUCUAGACAAAAGGGAUAUGCAGACCAAAGGCAGAAGGAUCUGGAGUUCCUUAUCGGUGACAAGGUAUUUCUCAAGGUGUUGCCUACUAAAGGCGUAAUGCGGUUCAGCAGGAAGGGCAAGCUAAGCUCGAGAUAUAUUGGGCCUUAUGAGAUUCUAGCAAAGGUUGGACCAGUGGCUUAUCGGUUGGUGCUUCCACCAUCUUUGGAUGGCGUACACGACGUCUUUUAUGUGUCUAUAUUACGGAAGUAUGUGUAUGAUCCUAGUCAUGUUCUAUCACAGGAACCACCAAAGCUGGCAGCAGAUAUGUCAUAUAAGGAACAACCUGAAAAGAUCUUGGGCAGCUAG